AAAAUAAUAACUUUUUUUUAUUAAUAAGUUGAGUGGCCUAUGUGUACAUAUGUACCAAAUCCACCCAGUAUAUUCAAUUGUUCAAAAACAUUGGACGUACUAUUCGGUUCAAGUAUUGCUCAAUGCUCAUCUUUCCCUAAAUACUCACUCAACUUAUUUUUGUUCGAAAAAGGAUUGGAAAUUAAUGUCUACAUCCACGUUUUGUUGCGGUAAACUUUACAUAUCUGAGGCACGAAACAAGUUGGCUCUGGAGUCGAUUGAACGAGCCGCCAAACAAUUUCCCGAUGCCCCCAUUGUGAACGAGUUUAAAGACGAGACCUACAAUAGGGUUGGAUACACCCUUGUCUCCUUAUCAUCAGAUUCUUUGAAGAAUGCGGUUUUCUCAAUGGCGAAAGCAGCUUAUGAAGUCAUUGAUCUUGACUUGCAUACUGGAAGUCAUCCUCGCCUUGGCGUAGUUGACCAUAUUUGUUUCCAUCCUUUGGCUGCAACAUCUCUUGAACAAGUUGCCACUAUUGCUAGAGCUAUAGCUAAGGAAGUUGGCUCCAAGCUUAAAGUGACAUGGCAAGUUAACAUUACUUUCAAACCACUCCCGCCCCAGCCCCAUGUUAAGGGGUGUUUGUGUACUAGUGUUGCUCCGCCAAUGAAUGUUUGUAACCAUGGGCUGGGCUGGGCUGCAGUCCCUUGCUACACAUAUGGAGCGGCUCGUAAAGACCAAAGAUCACUGGAUGCAGUCAGGAGGGAACUCGGCUACUACAAGCCGAAUGCAAGUGGCCAACAAUGGUCAGGUGGGCUACAGGCAGCAGUUCUACCACUUGAACCAGAUGAAGGUCCAGCCCAAGUGGUGAAAGCCAAGGGUGUAGUAGUGAUAGGAGCAACCAAAUGGGUGGAUAACUACAACGUGCCUGUGUUCUGCACCGACAUUUGUACGGUUGGCAGAAUUGCAAGGAGGGUAAGUGGAAGAGGCGGUGGGCUUGCAUCUGUUCAGUCACUGGCUCUGGUUCAUGAUAAUAAUGUUAUUGAGGUGGCUUGUAAAAUGCUUGAACCAAGUGAGGUUGGUGGUGAGCAAGUUCAGGGUUUGAUUGAACAGCUAGGAGCACAGGCUUGUGUGAAAGUUGGGAAAGGGUAUUUCACUGAUCUAUCUCCUGAUGCCAUUGUUCGAACCUACUUUAAGUUGACUUCUUCCUCUUGAUAUAUAAACUUAUCAAAUCGGAUAAGUGGGUAAUUAAUUGUUGAAUUGAACAUGUUUUCGGCUGGAUAAUAAAGUCUUAUUAAUUAAUGCCCCCUCAAAUUUUUAGUUGA